AUGGAGCGAACAAGUAGCAUCAGAAGAAAAGCUUUGGUGAGACAACAUAAAGCCGAAGUCAUGAUUGCUGGAGAGCAACUCAGGUAAGAAAGAAGAGAGAGACUAUACUAAAGCAAGACUUUAGGUCAGAAAUGUGGCUUUGUUGUGAUGGUGUGGCUCAUGGGAUGGAGAGAAACUAAUUUACUCACAUUUCUGUAACUGAUGGCUUUUUUGUGCUUGUGCUUUUGUGAGUGGUUGUUUUCUAAAUCAGUACAUUUUUUUACUCAAGCAUUUUUUUGUUGAAAAUAUUGUAUGAUUUACAAAGCAUCCGUUACCGAGUAGAAAAAAAACAACAAAAACUGGCGCUCAGCUUUACAUCAGCUGCAUGACAGCCAACUUAUCGUAUGAUGUCUUCUAUAAAGACACUCAAAUUUUAUCUUGUCAAAAAAAUCUCAUUGUACCUACUACAUCUAUGUAUUCUCUUGAUUAAUUCCUUGAAAUAUGCAUUAAAUCUAGUUUCAAGAAGAUUUUGAGUUCUGCAUCUACAACCAUUUUAAACAACACAAUGCUUUUAUUUGAGUGGAUAAACAGACUGGAGGCACAGUGUGUAGAGAUGGGAAUAUCUAGCUGUAUCUGCAGUCAGAUUCUUGAUUGAAACGCUCCUUUGCUCACCCCUACUGUUGGUAAUGUACCAUUUAAUGCCACUAAAUAAUUGUUGUUGUAACUUUAAGUCAAGUUUAAUCAAAGUAACUACACUAAAGUAGGAUAUUGUAGUACUUUUUACUCUCUUGGUUGCUAAUUUGAAUUUAAUUUCAAGGCUGAGGCUCCAUGAUGGAAAACUGAUCAAGGACCGCAGGUACCACCUGCGCACAUAUCCUAACUGCUUUGUGGCGCAGGAGCUGAUAGACUGGUUGGUGAGCCAUAAAGAGGCUCCUGAUCGGGAAACUGCUGUGUGUCUCAUGCAGCACCUCAUGGAUCAUGACAUUGUUCACCAUGGUAAGAAAAAAGCAAUGACACCGGUUUCCAUGGAGUGACAUAGGGGACCUUAACCUUCACUUGAUUAAAGAUUCACGAGUAAAUUUCAAAAAUGUAUUGUCUAUUUUAGUGUGCGAUAAAAGGCCUGUCUUCAAGGAUGCAAAACUACUGUACCGUUUUCGCAAGGAUGAUGGAACAUUUCCCUUCAAUACUGCGGUGAAAGUCUUUAUGCGUGGACAGCAACUGUAUGAACAGUAAGAGAUGAUGUUCAUUUCAGGCUGAGUUUCUCUUGUUACAUUGGUAAAGGCUAACCUUUGAGUGUUUGACAGUCAAAGUCACAAUAACAGGCACCAAUAUGAUGAAAAGACCUAAAAGUAAAUUUCACACAAAACCCCACAGUAUGUGUGUCUGUUGCAGUUCUCAUCAAAGUUCGUUUGCAUAUAAUAAAACUUGAUAUGUGUUUUAUGUGUGUUUAAGUCUCAUAGGGGACAAGGACUCCAUUCUACAGUUCAGAGAGGAGCAUGGUGUUGCGUAUCAGCGCUCCUUUCCAGGCUGCCAGUUAAUUGACUGGCUCCUGCAGAAUGGAGAGGCAGAGAGCCGGCGUAGGGGUAUAGAGCUGUGCAGAGCAUUGCAGGAGCAUGGCAUCAUUCAGCAUGGUGAGAAAAGUCCUCAAUUGCCCUCUGAUUUAUGACAGCAGGGAUGAGUUGACUGUCAACAGCUGCUGCUGGCGGGGGCCAACCGGGACUUGUGCAAUCUGAAGCAAAUAUACUCAUGAACACCUUGUGGAAAACAGAUAAGCUAUGACACUUGUUUGAAAUUUGUUUUGUGUUCUCUCAUCAUUAGUUGCAAAGAAGCAUGAUUUCUUUGACAGUGGGUUGCUCUAUCAAUUCUGCAUCAAUUUUCGCCGCCGUCGCCGUCUUUCUGAGCUGUUGAAUGAAAGUGAACGAGACACUGAUGAAGGUGUUACAGUGUCAUCGCCGGAGGAGAACCAUCCUGAUAGUCCAUUUGUUCCCCGCAGUGCUUUUCAGUCUGGUAAAACAACAUCACUGUCCUCUUUUUAUGAUCAGCACACCUUGUUACAGUUGCUUAAUGGCAUACUCAUUUUCCUGAUAGUGGAGUCCAGUAAAGACAUGAAACAGGUUCCUACUGGACGUCGAGGCAGCUUAAACUCCCUUCAGCUUCACACUGAUGGUUUUCCACCUCUUGUCCAGCUGUCUUCAUCUUCAGUGGUGAGAUGCAACCCCAAAUCAGGCGAGUGUGUACUUAAUGUUUCAUGUUUCAAAGUGUUUUAAAGACAACAUAUGUUAUAUGUUAAGCCUUGCUUCAAUUCAUUGUCCAAAAUUGAGAGAAGGUGAGUAACAAAGUCUCUGUUUACUUUUACAGUACUUCAAAGAAUUAUUACAUGUGAAGAGCUCCUGGCACCUGGUGCGCCCUUUAUCAAGAAAGUGUUGACAGUGAGUUAUGAUGUUGAACUCAUGUAAAACUAUAAUAAAUGCAUCAGAAUGAGUUCCAGAUAAACUAAGUUAGUUUAUCUGGGACAAAAGUCCUCCAAAGUGAGUAAUUGAAGCAUCUGUGAUUGGAUAAAACUCUUCUGUGUCAAAAAGUCUGUGAGAUCAACAUGUAAGCAUCCUCAUUUAUUAUCUCCUUAAAAAUGAGAAACACACCUAGAACCCUUCAUAACCCACAUGAGAAGCGAGAGAUUGCCCUGACUUGAUGAUAUUUUAUUUCCUCACAAAGAGCAUUUCAUGUCACAGGGAUAGCUUGACUAUAAGUUCUACAGGAUGUGCUAUUCAUUUCAGCUCCCUGUCGUGACAGGUGAUAGGAGAUGCCCUUGGCUGGGGCUUUGUUGUCAGAGGCAUGGCUCCUUGUUAUGUGCAGGCAGUUGAUCCUGGAAGCCCAGCAGCAGCUGCUGGAGUUAAGGUUAGAUACACUGUAUGCAACCCACAUCACACAACAUGCUAUUUUAACCUAUGAAGAGUUUGAAAUGAUUACCUAUGAUCAUGACAAAAGCUAGACCUGUGUGCUUAAUUUUAUUUUCUAUAGGUGCGACAGUUUCUGUACCAAGUGAAUGGACAAUGUGUUCUUUACCUGGACUACAGAACAGUCACGAGAUUGGUGAUGACUGGAAGCCGUACUGUGGUACUGGAGGUGAUGGAGCCGCUGGAAUAA